UGUUCAGUCUGCAAUCAACUGCGACAGCUAAAAUUUGUUUUUAAUUUUUCCUUUUUGGCUUUUUGGAAAAAUUUUCUAAAUUUAUAUUCCCCUCUUUUUGGUUCCAAAUUUGUAAAGUUCAAUGUCGAUGUGGAAGCAAAUAUCUGGCAAGUCUCGAUGCCUGCUGGGAAAAGCCCGGAUUCUAGAUUCUGUUCUACUUCGAGGCUUAUCGAGCGAGGACCACAAUCCCAUGCCACAGCACAAUCCCACUCCAACGUGCAUGGAAAAAAAAAAAUUGUGGAAAAGAAUACUCCUUGCGUCGAUGACCACCCCAAACCACGCAAGGCAGAGAAUAUUCAGGAAACUUUUCCCUUCUACAACCUGAUAAAAUUCAGCAAGGAUUGCUGUAAAAUGGAUUGCGCGGAGCUAGAGUUCCCUAGCUUCGACAAGUGUCUCUACAAAGAGUCGGACAAGAACAAGCGCAAGUACCAGAUCACCUGGGUAGAGUGUCCACCUGUUGAAAUCAAGCCCAAGAAGAUCUGUUGCCAUGUCAGGGACGCGCGCCCACCUUUUGAGCGUCGCAAGCCCAAAGAGAGACCCAGCACGGCCUGCCAGCCACCCCCAGAAAAGUGUGAAGACGUGAAAUGUAAAAAAAUUACAAUGCCCCACUGUUGUAGGCCUGCGCGUGUUCCUGGCAAGUGCCAGCGUAUCCGCUAUCCCAGCGUUUGCGCAAAGGUGAAGGCGCCAUACCCAGCCUUCUCGGAGUGCUCCCGUCCCAAGCUGCGCAAGAGGCGUAGUUCCGAAUGUCACUGUUGGGAUGAAAUACCAAUGUGCGUGCUGCUCAGGGUUCUAAACAAGCGUCUCAACUCUGGCCGUAUAAGCAUGAAUCCCUGCAAGCCCUGAAU